UGCUCCCCCACACCGAGAAAACAGACUACGUUGACGGUUGCAUAUUGUUCGGAUUACUCUCUCGAUAGGCCAAAAUAUUUGGAGUUGCAUUGUAAAACAAAGAAGAAGUUAGUGAUUUUGUGUGUUUCGCCAAGUGCCACGUCGAAUUGUUAAGCAGCUGAAUCUUUGAGAGAGCAUUCAGAAAAGGAAUUUAAGAUGGCUGAAACGGGAUUUCCUGGAACCUACUCGACGACGACCGUCACGACGGCCACAACAGUCACUACCAACAUCCGUUUCGACCCGUCCUACGUCCGGACCAUCCCGGGCAUGCUGAAAAUCGCCGCCAUGGUUCUCAACAUUUUGGGCUUCAUUUGCAUUAUGGUGUCGGAAGUGAAUUACCACUCGCGAGCCAACUGGUUCAACUUUUGCGCCAUGGGCGGAUUCUGGAUAACCGGCAUCCUGUUGGCGUUCUAUUUGUUUCACGUCAUCGAAAAACUUUACUUUAUCCCCUGGAUCAUGGUGGAGAUGGGUUACUGUGGCCUGUGGUGUUUCUUCAUGCUGACUGCUUCGGCUGCUUGCGCUGCCCAAGGCAGCCUCUUUGAAGCUUGGGCUGCUGCUUCCUUCUUCGGCUUCAUUGCCAUGAUUAUCUACGGAGUGGAUGCUUUCUUCAAGUUCAAAGCCUGGCGUGCUGGAGAAAUCGCUCAGGGUGAACAAGUCAGGAGCGUGCAAAAGAGCGAAACCAUCGGCACUCCUGCCUAUUAAGUGUGUUCUUCGUUUUUUUUUUUUUUAUUUUGAGCCACACCAACGUCACACAGCGAAUUACAGCCCAGCCCGUCAACCCCCUCGCCUCCUUUUUCCUGUUGUAUGCAAAUUCACUGCUAGCCAAGGAUGCAACAUAACCUGUUUGUUUUUUCUCUUCUUCCUACGUAUCAUAGCUGCCACCACAUCGUUUUUGGGACAUUUUUUUUGUUUUCACCCAAAAUGUUUAACAGAUUCCGAUCCCACCCCUGCCAUCGUUCUAGCAGCUUGUUGACCACUCAACAUGUGUUCCACUUAGCCACUAGUGCGUAUCGAACAUAUGCCCGAUUUUUUUUUUUUAAUAUUCGUGCGUGUGUUUUCUGGUAUAUGUGCGUGCGAAUGUCUUUUUUUUUUUCACGUGCGUGUGUGUUUUCAAAUUUCCUCCCAGCAGCAAUUGGCACCACUAAUGUACCUCGCCUUUUUACAGAGAAAAAGCUAGUGAUCGGAAUUUUAGUCUCUCGUGUUUAGGGUAUGUUGUUUGCUUUUGCGUUUUUGGGGCGAGUGUGAGUCUAAACGAAAGUCCACCAUUUUUCUCUUUCCUCUCAGACUGCGGAUUCGUUCAUUUCUGUAGUCAAAACAUGACUCCCCUUUUUCUCCUUUUAAUGUCUGAAUAUCCAGUAAAUAUCCUCCAUCAUUGGAGGAGGUAAAAUUAGCUUUAAAGCUUCCACUAACCAUCCGAAUAUUAUUUAAUGACUUCCUUUUUCAUAGUAUUCGGAUGGCAAUUCUGUGAAAUGCUUUCAUCGUUUCAUGGUUUUUUGUUGUUGUUGUUCUUUGAGGAAACUUGUCGAACCUCGUUUUCAUUUCCCCCUUUUUUUUCAUGAUAUUCGCUUGUGUUGUAUUCCUUCGUUUCUUCACCACUACCAUCCAAAUCGUAUGAUCUCAUCCAACUCUACCUACCUGUGUGUAUCUGUAUGUUGUUUUGUAGGCUGGGAGUCUUGCGUGCCUCCAUUCGCAGGACUGAGAAGCUAGAAAACGGAAGAUUCUCAUCAUCACCGGUGGUUCAUCGCAGCUUUAAAGUAGUUCAAUAACAUCCCCGGAAAUGUUUGAAAAAAACCCGUUCAAGUAUUAUGUGGGAAAGAAAUUCAAAGGGGUUCCCUCUGAUAGCAGCCACUACCAUUUUCGACGUUUUGGUUUGUCCUUUUUUUCGUUUGUUUUGUUUUUUAAAAAUGAUUUCCUUUUGAUAUCCUCUGUGUGUGAGUGUGUGCGUAUCUGCGCAAUGGUUGUAGAAAGCGUUCUCGGGGUGGACGAGACAACGUGCAAAAAGAACAUAGAAAAAAUGUAAAACAAAAACGAGACAUUGUAUUACUACAAUCGUCGAAUUGGAGGAAUACACUCCCCACCCCCCACACCAUCAA